GGCGGCCCAGCCCAUCUCCAUGAUCUCCUACCAAAACCCUAAGCCCCCAAAACAGAGUCUCAAAAAACCCUAAUAGAGCAGAGCCGAGAAGAAAUUCAUACUUGCCUCUUUCUUCUAGCAAGCGCCAGUAGCCACCAUGGUCACCACCCAUCCAGCUCCUACGAGAGUGAGUUCAAAGACUGUAGAAACAGCUGUUAACGCGCUCUUAAAAUGGAAAAACUCCAAAUCCCAAACGAAGAAGCCCCAGCUUUUAGAGCAAGACGAAUUCAUCAACCUUAUUCUAACUCUCAAGAAAAUACCACAAAAAUCUCGCACCAACCCUCACAAAAUCCCUCUCCCGCACUCCUUAAUCCGCCAAGAAGAUGACAACCCACCGGAACUCUGCCUAAUAAUCGAUGAUCGUCCCAAGUCUACUCUCACUAAAGACGCUGCAUUAAAGAAAAUUAAAAACGACAACGUGCCCAUCACCAAAGUCAUCAAGAUUACCAAAUUGAAGACUGAUUAUCGCCCGUUUGAGGCUAAGAGGAAGCUAUGUGAUUCGUAUGAUAUGUUUUUUGCCGAUAAAAGAGUCGUCCCACUCUUGCCUAAGUUGUUGGGGAAGCAUUUUUACAAGAAAAAGAAGAUUCCGGUUCCGGUGGAUUUGAAGCAUAAGAAUUGGAAGGAGCAGAUUGAGAAAGUUUGUGGGUCGGCUUUGUUGUAUUUGAGGACGGGGACUUGUAGUGUAUUGAAGGUAGGGAAGGUUUCAAUGGGCACGAAGGAGAUUGUGGAGAAUGUGAUGGCUGCAAUUAAUGGAAUUGUGGAGAUUGUUCCUAGGAAGUGGGGGAAUGUUAGGUCGUUUCAUUUGAAACUGUUGGAGAGCUUGGCUUUGCCUGUUUAUCAGGUUGUGCCUGAUACUAAGUUGAAGAUUGAGGGAAUCAAGGUUAGAGAAGAGGAAAUUGUUAAUGAGGAGGUGGAGAAAGAGAAUGUUAAGGAUGUUAAUACUGAUGGUUUUAAAAAGAAGUCGAAGAAGAAAGGGAGGAUUCAUGAGAUUAGAUAUAUGGAUAGUAAUAUCCGGGAGGUGUUUGAUGAGGAUGAAUUGGGAAGUGAUGAUGGUAAAGGAGAUAUUGAGGAAACUGAUGAUGGUGAAGGAGAUAUUGGUGAAAGUGAUCAAGGUGAGCAUGUUAAAAUAGGUGAUGCUGAAAUUUUGAGCAAGAAGAGGAAGAAGGGGGAUAAAGGGAAAGCUGAGAAACUACCGAAGAAGGUAGCCAAGGUAAAGAAAGAUGAUAAUAAUAAGAAGAUGACAUUAUUAAGUGAUGAUGAUAAAGGAAAUAUUGAGGAAAGUGAUGAUGGUGAAGGAGAUAUUGGCGAAAGCUAUGAUGGUGAGCAUAUUAAAACAGAUGGUGCUGAAAUUUCGAGCAAGAAGAGGAAGGAGGGGGAUAAAGGGAAAGCUGAGAAACUACUGAAGAAGGUAGCCAAGGUGAAGAAAGAUGAUAAUAUUAAGAAGAUGAAAAAAGUGGACGAUGUCAAACAAAAGAAGAAAAACAAAGAAGGGUUGUCCUUGAAGAAAGGCAGGGAAGAUUAUAGUGGAAAAAAGGAGAAGAAGAGCCGGCCUGGGAAGUAGAAGGAAAGGAAAGCAAAGAAAGAGGCGGUACCAUAAUGAUUUAUGGUAGUUAUCAAAGCUUGUGGGAGAGAAUUCCUUGAAUCAUUCACUACAGGUUGGACUUACAGAAGAGCAAGAAUGGUUGUCUGGACUUCUGUCAGAUUUUGUUUAAAUUUAUAGAACGGUAUUUUUGCUGUAUUCCUUUUCAUGAUUUGAUGAAUAUUGAAGAUCUUGAAAUUAGGCAGUCAGCAAAAUUUUGUAUCUUCAUUAUGAGAGCUACUGAAUUUUAUGUUUUAAUUUUGAUGUAAUUUUAGUUCUUUGUUUUGCUUUUUCGUUCAGAAUUCCAGUAUGGUCGCUGUUGGGAAACUCUUGUCCUUUUAAAUCCUAUUUCUGUUUGACACUAUCUAAAAUAGAAUAAAUGAUGAUUUUUUUA